GGCCGUAUUGACAGACAACGUCGUGCUUAUAUGUCAUAGAAUUACCAUCUUUUAUUUGCUGUAAUACUAGCAAAUAAUUUAAAACGUACAUAACUAUAAUUUUAAAAUCUUAAAAUAAUAUAUUAUUUUAAGUUUUAAGUUUUUUUUUUUAAAUCAUGGAGUCAAAUCUUGACACUAAUGAGACGAGAAAUGGAAGUGACACCAAUGUCUACCCAGGACCAUCCAAUAUAUACAUAGAUGCCGGUGAAAUUAAUAAAUCUGUCAGGAAAGAAGUGGUGGACAACUUCGAUGAGAUGAAUUUAAAAAAGGAAUUGUUGCGUGGUAUCUAUGCAUAUGGUUUUGAAAAGCCAUCAUCAGCUAUCCAACAACGUGCUAUUUUGCCAUGCAUCAAUGGACAUAAUGUCAUUAUUCAGGCCCAAUCCGGUACUGGCAAAACCGCUACUUUUUCAAUUUCUAUUCUCCAACAAAUUGAUACAAGAUUGAAUGAGUGCCAGGCACUCAUUUUGGCACCAACACGUGAAUUGGCUCAACAGAUUCAACAAGUGGUUAUUGCUUUGGGUCACUUUAUGAAAGCAGAUUGUCAUGCUUGCAUUGGCGGUACAAACGUUCGUGAUGACAUGCGUAAGCUGGAUACUGGACCCCAUGUAGUAGUUGGAACUCUUGGCCGUGUUUAUGACAUGAUUGCUAGAAAAUCACUACGAACUCAAUUUAUCAAGAUAUUUGUAUUGGAUGAAGCUGAUGAAAUGUUUUCUCAAGGUUUCAAAGAUCAAAUUAAAGAGGUGUUCAAGUUCCUCGAAGGAGAUAUUCAGGUCAUUAUGUUAUUUGCUACAAUGCCCCUGGAUGUUCUGGAUAUAAGCACUCACUUCAUGUGUAAUCCAGUAUACAUUUUUGUUCAGAAACUGACAUUGGAAGAUUCUAAACAGUUUUACAUCAAUGUUACCAAAGAAGAAUGGAAGUUUGACACUUUUUGUGCUUUGUUCGACACUCUUAGUAUCACCCAAGCUGUGAUCUUCUGUAACACACGUCGUAAGGUAGAGUGGUUGACUGAAAAUAUGCGUUUAAAAACAUUUACUGUAUCAGCUAUGCAUGGAGAAAUGGACCAACGUCGACGUGAUUUAAGUAUGCGUCAAUUCCGUUCUGGCUCUAGUCGUCUUCUUAUCACCACUGGUUUGUUGGCUCGAAGCAUUGAUGUACAACAAGUAUCUCUAGUUAUCAACUAUGAUUUGCCAUCCAAUCGCGAAAACUAUAUUCACAGGAUUGGACGUUUGGGCCGUUUUGGUCAUAAAGGAGUCGUCAUUAAUUUUAUAAUUGAAGACCACAAACGAGCUAUGAAGGAUAUUGAAUCAUUUUACAACACUCACGUGCUCGAGAUGCCACAGAAUGUGGCCGAUCUGCUGUAGACUAGGUGAAAAAGUUGUCUUUUAAAAUGUCUAGUAAAAACAUUGAUUGCAGGUUAUGGAUAAAAAAAAAUUAUGCACCACUGUAGAACAAACUACAAAGGACAAAUUUUUAAACUCUAAACUCUAAAUCUUUAUUAAUUUUAAUAUUAUACAUUUGUACGUAUUAAUAUAAAUGAUGAUAUAAUAAAAUAAUUUCAAGAAAAUAAUUAUUUUAAUCUGGUUAUAUGAAACCCGAUAGUUUUCCAUAAAUAAGUUUUUAUUUCAAUUUGCAGUGGUAGUGACCACUAUAUCAAAUAUUCAAAUAAAUUGUACUAUAAUCCAAGGGCGUCAUUUCGGGUGUGCGAAGUAUCAAGCAGGCCAUUUUAAAAUUUCACCAGGCCAUAUAAAAAUAAGAUGUGCUACGUACAUGUACAUUAUUUCCAUACACCAUGGACCGAAUCAAUGCAUUAACAUAACUAUUAAAAAUCAAUU